AACACCACUGCCGAACCUCAACGUUAACGGAACUGGAAGGCAAAGCUUCAAAGUUUGAAAAAGGAAAGCUUAAAUUGACGAGUUGUAACAGACUUCCUUAUUUUUCUACAAACGUUCACUGCUCUUGCCAAAGAACCAUCUUAAAAUGGCUGCUGUUGCUCAACAACCAAAGGGAAUAUCCAGACCCAAAAAAUGGUCAGAUGAAGUAGAAGAGAACUACAGGUUUCAACUGGCUGGAUACAGAGAUGCUGUUGAAUAUUCCUCUAUUAAAAAAGAUGAGCCCAACAGAUGGCCAGAGACUGGUUAUGUGAAGAAACUGCAGAGGAAAGAUGGUCUUUUUUACUACUACAAUAGGAGUAGGGAAUGUCAAGAUAAAGAUGUACACAGGACCAAGAUGUACACUUAUUAGACAUAUUUAAGCCAGUCAUUCUAAAUAUUAUAUGUAUACUCAUCUCUGGAUACUUUUUAAUUGUGUUCAAAGACACCAUUACUAUUCUUUAAUCUAUUGGUAAUAUUCAGUGUAAUGUAUUAAUAUUCUCAUACUUUUAUUUUACUUUUUUGUAUUUGUUAAGGAUAUUGUCAUUCAUUCCAUUAAAUAGAUAUCCUCUUAUUACCUCUGAUAUUUCAUGUGCUGUACUUACAAGUAUGUGUAGUAGUCUUUUUUUUUUAGAAUGCAGCAGCACAUACUUUAUGUCAAACCACAAAUGUACUAGUAUGUCAUUGUUAGUGAAACUCAUGGCCAUUGUAAAUAAUUACUCAUUUUCAUCUGUAUAUUGUAAAUAAGAGUUGAAGUGAGUUGUAUGUAUUGUAUGCAUGGAAAAAAACCUGUCAGUCGGGACCAAUUCAAAUGAUGGUGCAAGAUAACCAUUUGUUCUACUGUAAGUGCAGGUGUGAGAGUACUAGUUUUUUUUUCUGGGAUACUAGUAUCGCUUUGUAUUCUUGAUUCAUACCAGAGUGCCUUGAUAUCUAGCUGGUACUAGAAUGAAUGUUUGAAUUAGACUUUGGUAUGAGCUUGGAGGUUAACCAUUGCCCUAGUCUAAACUAUAGAUGAAUCUAUCGGUUUAAGCAUGGAUUUGUAAAGGCCAUAAAUUGGCAUUGAAAUAGUGAUGUGAAACUGCUUUAAAAUAGCCCGGUAGUGUGACAUCAUUCACCUUGAAAAUAUAGAUAAGCAUAAAUUUGCAAGAUCAUCUGACAUUUCCAGCAAAUGGUUGCUGAAUCAGCAUCCCCUAUUAUUAAGUCUUAUGAUCCAGAUGUUUUGUAUGUGUUUUUUAAUUAAAUGAUAAUUGACUAUUUUAAACUACAAUGUACAUGUAGAAAGGCUAAAUCAAUGUCAACUACUACAAAGAUGUAUGAAUGACAUCAUGAGAUGUAAAGUGAACAGAUAUUUGAAUUUCUGUAGAAAAAUGCAAAGGUCGAAGAGAUUAAAGGGAAUUGUGAAUCUUCUGAGAAGAUAUAGAUCAUCACAUGUUGCAGGAGUUUUUGUCUUCAUGAUUUUGCUUACAGUGUUAAUCUCAGUUUAUUUUGUAUUUGUUUCAAACACAUUUCCUCUGGGAAGAAUGUGAAUGUCUACUAGAGUUUUGAAAAUUGUUAAAUCAAUAGGGGUACACACAUUUUCUUUUUCACUAAAAUUGGCAACAAUUAUAUUUACAUGCAUCUCAAUAUUAUACUAGUAGUAUUCAGGGUAAAAAGAAAGUGUCUCCUUAAAAGAGACACCUCUCUAUGGGUUACUAGUAAUCAGAUCUUUGUAAUGCCAUAAACAUUAGAGGGCACAAUUGACUAUGAUUUGAAGUUUGAAUCAUCCCAAAUUAGGCGCAGGAACCAGGAUGCAAUUUAAUUCACAGGAAGGGAAUUGUAUACACUAUCCUGAUUGCUGUUUCAUUUAGAAUUGCAGAAAGAUACAGAAGAUACCAUAAAUUUCAUGUUAUCGGUCAUGGUAUAGAUUAGUCUGAUAAAUUGUAUAGUGCACCCCUAAUUUACAUGUAGCUAGGAUUGAAGCAUUCAUGAUAGUUUGGCAGUGUAUAUAGAUUAACCAAAGGGGGUUGAUCUAGCACAUUUUUGACAAAAAUAUUUGAGAGAGAUUUGAUUGAAAUACUUCUGAGCUAUGAAUACAUGUCUAGUAAGUUUUCAUAAAAAAAAAUAUUAUUUAAGUUCAUUCACAAACUUUCUGUUGCAAGAAACAGCAAUGUUAUAUUAUGACUAGGGCAUUGGGGUAAUUACAGUUUGCCUUGAGAUAAUAUUUUUUGGAUUACAACAACUUUGCAUACCGUACUGAUUUUAAACUGAAUAUCUGUCAUUUUAAAGUGAAUGUGAAAUAAAAAGACAAGUUCAAGUGAAUAA